GCACUACUGCAUUGGGGUAAACGCGUCCACAUCAUCGAAGGGAUUGCUCAAGGCCUUCUUUAUCUUCAUAAGUACUCCAGAUUAAAAGUCAUUCAUAGAGAUCUAAAAACCAGCAAUAUUCUGUUGGAUGGUGAAAUGAACCCUAAAAUAUCAGAUUUCGGCAUGGCACGAAUCUUCAGAUGCAACGAGUCUGAAGGAAACACAAACAAGGUUGUUGGCACAUAUGGUUAUAUGUCUCCCGAGUAUGCUGUAAAGGGCCUUUUUUCAAUAAAAUCUGAUGUCUUCAGCUUCGGAGUCAUACUGCUAGAGAUCCUGAGCGGCAGGAAGAACAACAGUUUCUACCACUCCGACCGUUAUCUCAACCUUCUUGGAUAUGCAUGGGAGUUGUGGGAAGGAGGAAGGGUUUUGGAGCUGGUGGACCCAAUGUUGGGUGAUUCAUCUCCAACAUUCGAGCUAUUAAGGUGCAUUCAUGUUGCGCUGUUGUGUGUGCAAGAUCAUGCGGCGGACAGACCCACCAUGUCAGAUGUUGUGUCCAUGCUUGGCAAUGAGACUAUUUCUCUGCCUACUCCCAAACAACCUGCAUUUUCCUUUGUGAGGAUUGAUACUGAUGCAAAUUUACUUACAAGCAGACAAAGGACUUGUUCUUUGAAUGAUGUAACAGUUUCUGAGGUGGAAGGACGAUAGUAAAAUUAACUUCCACUGU